AUGUCGACCACGAAGCCAAUUUGCCGAGUCCCGCUCCAUGUAGUGAUUGUCGGAGCAGGCAUCGGAGGCCUGUCAGCGGCCGUCGCGCUUGGGAACCGCGGACAUUCCGUGCUAGUGCUUGAGUCGACGUUUGAGCUGCUUCGUGCGCUAAUCAACGUCCAGCUAUCUCACGUUGGUGCAGGAGUGGCAUUGCCACCAACCACGCGGCAAUGGUAUGAAUCUGAAGGAGUGCUCCAAGCGAAUGACACCGCAUGUGUCCCCUUAGACGGCAUCGAGAUCACCAAGUGGGAUACUGGGGAGUUGAUCACUCAGACCGCGGCAAACCCAGUAGGGAAGCAGAACGCUGUGCACCACGGGGAUAUGCAACUGGCGCUUCUUGCGCGCGCUCAAGAGCUGGAAAAUGUUGAGAUUCGACUAGGAGCGAGGGUGGUGGAUGUUGAUAUUGAAACCACUAUCGCUGUGCUCUCUGAUGGACAACGCGUGGCGGGUGACUUGAUCAUCGCAGCGGACGGCGUGAAAUCCACUUUGAAGGCCAGGGUUUGCCCACCUGAAGCCGUUGUACCAUUGCCCACAGGUGAGGCUGCGUAUAGAUUUACCCUCUCGCGUGACUUGCUGGAAUCCGACCCAAGGUUGCAGGAGCUCGUACAACGGCCCUGGGCCACCAGGUGGGACGGGCCUUCCCGCCAUGUGGUCGCAUAUCCAGUGCAUAACCACCGACUGCUCAAUGUCGUUCUCAUCCAUCCAGACAAUGGCGACGCAGAAGAAUCGUGGACAUCGGUGACGGACAAGCAAAAUGUGCUGGCGGAUUACCAGGGAUGGGAUCCAACGCUUCUCAAACUGGUGGCACUUGCUCCGCCUGAAGUACCCAACUUUCGGAUGUUCAUAUAUCCUCCGGCGCCUAUUUGGGUCAAAGGAUCGACCGUUCUUCUUGGGGAUGCGUGCCACGCAAUGCUUCCGUAUCUCGGCCAGGGAGUUGCCCAGGCGGUCGAGGAUGCGACUGCUAUUGCCACAGUACUCUCGUUGAUUGAGAAUCGACAGCAGCUGCCUUUAGCAUUACGGGCAUACGAAUCAUCUCGCAAGGAGAGGGUGGAUCAUAUCCAAGCGGCUACGUACCGUGCAAGGGAGCAACUACACCUCCGGGAUGGCGACGCACAGGCGGCCAGAGACUCGGAAAGAAGAGCUGCUUCAAAUACGGGUCAAAAUAGCGAUGUCGUCAAGAUGCAACACUCUUACUGGACCUGGGAUGCUGCUGGGAUGGCCGAAAAGACACUGGCCGCUUUGAUUGUUGCCUAG